UUGGUCUUUAAAGGAAAUUGCCGUUUUAUUUUUAAAGUCAAAACAACAAUCUUCUGUGGCAUCUGAAAGGGUAACAAAUUCAUUAUGGUUGGCAAAAAGUGGUAUUUCUUUCUCCCGGUAUGGAUGUGACUGGAAACUUUUUCAACAAACUGCGAAGCAUAGCUGUCACUUUGGAGAAACAGACCGAGCAGUUUAAGCAAGUUUUCCAUGGUGAUAAUUCAGAAUUUGAAGAUGAUUCUCCAAUGAGAUAUUUACAUGAACUGUACUCUGAAGUAAGAACACUAAAGGGUGAUGCUGAUAAUACUCUUUGUAAGAGUUCUUCAGAAAGAGAUACUACAUAUGACUUCAUAAAAGCCAGUAAAGUUCUGAUGAAAAGAAAUACAACAGAUCUUAAGAAAAUAAGUGACCUCUUCCAGAAGUAUGGUUACAAACCACUUGUUGACAAAGAUGAAGAAAUAAAGGGUGAAGCUGAAAUCAACCCUGAGUCUACCAUGCCUGAUCUAGAAGAGCCCCCAAACCUUGAUUAUCCUGGAAAAUUAUCUGGAUCUCAUAGUCCACUGCGAAUUCCACAACUUUCCGAUUUUGGGCUUUCAAAAUAUGCUCUUCCAAAUACUUUAGGCACAAUGCAUCCUCAGCCCCAAGCACAUGUACCAAAAGAAGAGCCAAGGGCGGAUGGAUCCGCAUAUGUAUCACCCAAGACAGAACACUUUCAUAUCCAUGGGCGUGACCUGUGUUUGAAUGAUGAAACCACGGGUUUAGUGGAAGACCAAACAAUCUUCUUACUUAAUAAUGCAAAAAACGUUAAGCACUGCAUACGUGGACCAGCAGUGGCAUCAGUACCAAACAAGAACCUGGCUACACCUAAGCAAGCAAACAAAUUGUGUGAUUUUGAUUACAUGGCUUCACCUGAUGCACCUGCAUUCUGCACACCUGGAGUGAAAAUUCCCCACAGAAAGAACACUGUCUUACAAAAAUCCCCAGAGGGUAACCAUCCAGUUGCAUCUAAUCAUACAACAGAAAAACCUCUAUCAAAUACACAACCUCUGAAAAUAGAAUCUAAACAAAUGUGUGUUUCUCAGAGGCCGAAUAAAGUUCUUAUUAAAAGUGCUGAUGUGUCUGUUCUGCACUCAGACAAUUAUCCGGAAUGUGCUGAAGUACCCUCUCCUCCAGUAAUAUCGGACUACAGUAACCUGUUUGGUACUCCUCCUCCACCUCCUGCAAUAACUGUGAUUCCAAAACAGAUUUUUCAGAUUUUAUCAAAGUACAAUCCAACCAUAGAAGCAUCUACAUCAGUGGAGAGAGAGCCUACUCUUGGUAUCGGGAACAAAGAGAACAGAGAGUAUUCUGGAUGAAUUGAAGAAGAACACUUGAGUUUUUGUUGGGACUACAAUAUUUAAGGCUGUUCUGAAGAGUUUAGAAAGCUUAAUAGGAAGAAAGAACUACAUGGGGAAAAUACCUGAAUAUGCCAACUACUCUUUUCUAAACAAUUUGCCAACAGGUUCAACUGAAACUAUUUUUUCU